AAAAUGAGAUGAACGUAGUGGUGGGGUGGAGACAGAGAAUUCUUGAUAAAUGCGGUGGUUCUUGUUUUCCAUCUCAUCAGAAACCUGACAGUCAAGAAACAGUCUGAUCACAGAGCAGAAUAAUAAUUAUGAAGUUCAACAGCGCUUUGAGUGUUGCUGCAAUCACACUUCUCUACAUAACAGGUUCGCUCUGCCAGUUAGAUGUAUGUGGUCGAGCCCCUCUCAAGAACAGGAUUGUUGGAGGGAAGAAUGCGACAGCAGGGGCUUGGCCGUGGCAGGUCAGCAUUCAUCUCACCUUUCAGGACAUCGACUUCGGCCAUUUCUGUGGCGGGACUCUCAUCAAUAAAGACUGGGUUUUAUCUGCAGCUCACUGCUUCCAGUGGUUCAAUGCAUCUUACAUUGUGAUGUACUUUGGGCGUCUGAACCAAUCCGGCUUUAACCUUUUUGAGACAAACAGGACAGCGAGUCGAUUCAUCAACCAUCCUAACUUUAACAUUUCUAAUCCUGACAAUGAUAUAGUGCUGGUCCAGCUCUCCUCCUCUGUGACUUUCUCUGAUUACAUUAAGCCGGUCUGUCUGGCAGCGGCUGGGAGUGUAUUUGGUGGAGGUACGGAGAGCUGGGUCACUGGAUGGGGCAGACUACAACCUGAUGGCGAGGUUCCUGACAUACUGCAGGAGGUGAUGAUACCAAUUGUGAACAACAGUGCCUGUGCUAAUGCUUAUGGAGGGGUCAACAUAAGCAUCACAAGCAAUAUGAUUUGUGCUGGAUUGCUAAAUCAGGGAGGAAAAGGUGCAUGUCAGGGAGACUCUGGAGGUCCAAUGAUCAGCAAGAGCGGCUCCCUGUGGAUUCAGUCCGGCAUUGUGAGUUUUGGUCAACGAUGUGCUGACCCCACAUUUCCCACUGUGUUCGCCAGAGUCUCUCAGUAUCAGGACUGGAUCAAGUCUAACACUGGCAGCAACCUGCCUGGAUUUGUUAAAUUCAAUUCAACAUCCAACUCCAACUUCGGAAGCGUGCCCAACCUCCUCUUAUUCCUCCUUUCUCUCACAUUCUCCCUCAUUCCUUUCUCCCUUUUCCUCACUUCCUAAAGUGUGAUUGAACAGUAAAUCUCAGGUUUGUUUGAUGAAGAGGACAGUUGUGCUGUAAAUGCUCUCAUGGUCCAGGAGAAGAGCAAGAAACAUUGAGAAUAUUCUGCAUGUUACCUUAUUUAAAGGCAGUAAUUGUGUAGUUGGUGAUGCUGUAGUUACAUUAGCUCAUGCAUGUGAGCUAUUGCUAGCUAACUGUUAAUUGCAAGAGAUUUACUUUUCACUGUGAAGGUAUUUGAUCAUA